AUGAUGUGUAAAGCCGAAGACAUUCUUAAGCGAGACUUGCCUAUUUCUUUCAAUCAAACCAAAGAUUUAGCUGAAAUGGUGUGCUCGGAGCUGUUUCCUGAUGAGAACAUUUUCUCCACCUGUCAAAAGAAGUUCAUAAGUCCACAUCGCAACAACUCGACGCGGCCACCAAAAUUAACAAUUAAAUGUCAGACGCUAAAAAGAGCUACAUUUGCGUUAACUCUAUCUAAGAGCUGGAAACUAGUGGUCCUCGUACCACAGGACGAUAACAGCAGUUACAUAAACUAUAUUCUAAUGGAAGGUUAUGAAAAAAUAGGGAAAAUAUACACAUACCCUCCAAGAAAUUAUACAUUUUGGACCACGGCGCUUAACAAAGACGGUAGUCCUUCACUUUGGCUGCAAGGACCAGAAGUCAAAGAAUGGAAAAGUCCAGAACCAAUGAAAUACGAAAUCAAAACUGAAAUAUUAACCCAUAAGUACAAGAAUGGCAGUCGCGAAAUAGCAGCAGAGUUUACGUGGAAUGUAACUGAUGAGGCUGACUCUUGUUUUGAUGUUUUUAACCAGUGUAAAAAAGCAACUCCGGGAAAUUACUUUAGAAAGAGUAUACAGCCAGAUGACAAGAAUUCUGUGGUGAUCUACGAGCUGCCACUGGGUGACGACUGCACGUUCAACUUCACCGGCAAAUACGGCGUCACCCAGGUGGCGUAUCGGACUCCUGAAUGUUACGAGAUUGAUGGAUGUGCUCCACUACCGGAGAAGAUUAGCAAUAUAUCUAUCGAAGUCGUCCAAUCACCAAGUGGUCUUGGCUGGAGCGUGCAUGUCACUUGGAAGCGGCCCCGAGUCACUCCAACCCGUUAUAAUACUACCCUGUAUGCUGACACAGUAUACAAUAAUGUUCUACCCGGGAAUGCAACUGAAGUGGUUUACGACCAAGUGACCGGCGAGGGCCUGUUCAACGUGACGCUGGUCGCCUGUACAGCAAGUGGCAAAGCGUACAGCAAUCGCCAUGGCUUCUUACCACCUCUUGCAGCGCAAUCGAUGACUGUUGGCAUUCUUAUUGGAGCGGCGUGGCUUUCGGCACUGUUGUUCAUCUUCAUAGCAGCCACCGUCGUAUACUGCAAACGAGGGCGCUCGAACAAGCUUGGUCUAGAUUACUUUCAGGGUCUACAAGACAAGCUAUGCAAGGAAGGCAUGUUGGAGGCGCUGCGGCUGAGCGGAGAGGAUGUGGGCACUGGCACGGGGGUGGAGGGGGACCGGUGGGAGGUGCACUGGUCACGGCUCACGCUGCACGAGGUGGUGGGAGAGGGCGCGUUCGGCCUCGUGCGCCGCGCCACGCUCACUCCCGCCACGCAGGUCGCCGUCAAGAUGCUCAAAGAUUUUCCCUCGGCGGACGAGGUGCGAUCUUUCCGAGCGGAGAUAGAAUUGAUGAAAAGCGUAGGCGCGCAUCCGCACGUGGUGAGCCUCGUAGGCUGCUGCAGUGGCCGCCGCCCACUCAUUAUCGCCGAGUACUGCAGCCUUGGAGAUCUGCUCACCUUCCUCAGAUGUUCCUGGGACGUUAUGCUAUCAAAGCGUAAUGCCAAAUAUUACAACAAUAAUAAAGAGAAUGUGGAAUAUCGGAACAGUUUUUUUAAAGAAAAAGAUCAGAAACAAAACAAAGCCGUUGCGAAUAAACUCUACGACUUGCAGGGGGCUUGCGAUGAACUAACUUUUCUUGACCUCCUUUCCUUCUGCAGACAAAUCGCGAUGGGAAUGGAAUUCCUUUCAUCAAACAGAGUAGUUCACAGAGAUUUAGCGGCGAGAAAUGUGCUCGUAACUGGAGAUAAGACAUUAAAAAUCGCAGAUUUUGGUCUAUCUAGAGACAUUUAUCAAGAGAACCAGUAUAAACAGAAAAGCAAUGGAAAGUUGCCCCUGAAGUGGAUGGCGUUGGAGUCCUUGACGCAUAGGAUAUUCACUAGUCAGAGUGAUGUGUGGUCGUUCGGCGUGGUGAUGUGGGAGGUGGUGACGGUGGGCGGCGUGCCGUACCCAGCGGUUGCGGCGACGCGGCUGCCGCGCCUGCUGCGUGCCGGGUACCGCAUGCCGCGCCCCGCCAACUGCACGCCGCAGCUUUACGAAGUGAUGAUGAGCUGCUGGCGCGCGCGACCGUGCGAGCGGCCGACGUUCUCUCAGCUGCACGCGCGCCUUGAUGCGCUGCUGGCGGCCGCCUGCGCUGACACAUACCUUAGCCUGGAUCUGCCUGCUGACACGCCACCCUCGCCCACACUACCCGCCACACUGCUUAGAAACAAACGCGUGUGGGAACGUGGAGAAAGUUACGAGAAGCCUAACGCUUUAAGCAACCACUACACAUCGCCGCCAGUCACGCAACCAACAUGA